AUGGGUCAGUCGCGUGUCUCGGGCACUGAGAAAAGGGCGCUGGUCCGUAAGCACCAGGCUGGGCUUUUGCGCACCUCUGUCAGGAGAGAGUUUGGGGUGCGCGGCUUAGGCUUUGAAACAAUGGCGCGGGUCAAAGAGCGCCGGCUGGGCCUUUAUAACUCAGGGGAGCAUGAGGGAUGUGCACGGAUAUCUCAAGCUUUGUGGCUUAAGCUCACUGACCUGAUCACUUGCCACUUGGCCCUCAACCACAUAGUGAUGCUCCUCACUGUACUGCUGUUGUUGUCUCCACACCUGUUUGAGUCACUGGACUUUCAGAAUGACUUCAGGUGCAAGGCAUUUUUCUACCUCAACAGGGUCAUGAGGGGUCUCUCUAUCAGUACAACUUGCCUACUGAAUGUGCUCCAGGCUGUCACCAUCAGUCCCAGCACCUCCUGGUUGGCCAGGUUCAAACAGAAACUCACAAGUUACAGUAUCCACAUUUUGGUCUCCUCAUGGUCCCUCAGCUUGUGCUCCAAUACUUACCUGAUCAUCUAUGCUGUGGCUUCUUCCAGCGUGAACCAGACCCAACUACUGGUUCUCACUGAACACUGUUCACUUUCCCCCAUGAACUCCAUCAUCAGAGGAAUGUUUCUCACUCUGAUAUUUUCCAGUGAUGUCUUCUUCGUAGGAGUCAUGCUGCUCUCAAGUGCAUACAUGGUGAUUCUCUUGUGCAGGCAUCAGAGGCUAUGCCAGUACCUUCACAGCACCAGCCUUUCCUCAAGACUCUCCCCAGAGAGAAGGGCCAUCCAGACCCUCCUGCUGCUGGUGAGUCUCUUUGUGGUCAUGUACUGGAUGAACCUUGCCAUCUUGUCUUUCUCAGCCCUGUCAUGGAUCAACAACUUUGUCAUCCUGGGAGUCCAGAAGCUUUUGGUCAAUGUCUAUGCCACUUUCAGUCCUUUGGUGUUAAUCAGUUCUCAUAAAAAGAUCAGAAAUAUUCUGCAAUAUAUGCAAUGGAAAUGCCAUCAAUUUUUUAAUAGUUAA